CGAUAUUUUCUCUUUCAUACAGUGUUUACAAAAAAAAUCGCGCUCUUCCCGUUUCUUUUAAUUUAUAAGUGAAAACUGAUGAGUAGACGAUGUAAAAUAUGUUCACGCAAAAGACGUUGUGUCCUUUAUAAUGGAACUCAGUUUGUACGGAUCCCAGAUCAACCUAGCAACGCGCGAAAGAACCACCCCCACCAACAGCUGCCAGCACUUGGCGGGCAUUGGAACGUCGACGGUCGGCAGUAGACCGGGUUCCGCGUUCAAUCACAGUCGUCCCUUCUCGACGCACAUCAGACGGCCUCUGUCAGCUGAUAGUCAGAUCCGUCGCAAAUCGCCAUUUCCUGGCGGUGCAUGCAAUAGUUCGACUUCCGGUUACCUGUCGAAACGUAGCACUUCGUCGUCAAGUUUGUUGAAGUCCCUUCUGGCGGAACCAAUUUCGCGUUACUGGGGCACGAAGACGCUGACAUCAUCCGGGUGCUCCGGAAACGUGGUCGCCGUACGGUCGACCAAACACAUGUCUAAAAUGAAGAGUAAGAAACGGAACUCUGCUGCUAAGAAGAAAGUAGUGGACUGUAGUUCAGAAGAAGAGACAAGCAUGGACGAAGACACACAAGAAUCUAACAACGAGACUGAAUUGGAGAAUAUUUGGUCCAGAGAUGGAAUGAAAAUCCUUCCCGGAAUGGACAAAAAGCCACCGAUUCCCCGAGGAGUUAUGCGGAAAGCUCCUGUUACAAAAAAGAUAGGAAAUGUUUUAGCAAUUCAAAGUAGUGAGCAAAAAUUCGACAAAAAGGUUGAUCUUCCCGGUAGAGUGUCUUUCAGUUCGACAGAUCCAUAUGAGGUAGAUUAUAGCGAUUAUGAAGACAACGAUUUUACGCUAACGAAGCAGAAUACUUCGAGUGAGAUAAGUCCACGAAAAUCUGAUUCAAUUUACGAUGAAAGGAGAUUUCAAGAACCGCUGGCAGAACAGACUAUUAAGCCAAAGUUCAAUUUGGUAAAAUUUGAAGAGGAACUGACCAGCUCUGGUUAUGACACCAAGGAAGAAAAAUCUGAAAAGCUCGUGAAAUUUGGUUCGACACCAGAGUCAUUGUGCGAUGAGGAUGAUUCGAAUAAAAUUAUAGAAGACUACAAGAAGGAAAUCGAAGAUAUCAAUAGAAGAAGAGAGGUUGAACUGAAAAUGGCAUUGUCGGAGAACUCGAAACCUUAUGACCCCAAACGUUACACAACAGUUGAAGUUACUGAAACGUACGUUGAGGAAACGUACAGAAUAGCUACAGCAAGUUGUACAAGUGCCACCGAAGAUACCGAUAAUGAGAUUGAGCGGCUUCGUAGUGGGACAAGUGGUGGCAAGAAAGAUGUAAUAAACGAGUACUACGAAUGUAUUAACGAAAUCAUUAAUCAGCAAGGUGAUCAGAAGCCAAGACUAGCUAGCAAAGAAGAUGCUGUGAGGCUUAAUUUGAAUAAUGAAUCUAAGCCCAUCCUGGUGGACAAAAAUGUGCAAGCUAUCAAACAAGGUCCAAAGCUGGAAAAGAACAAGUUGGACAGUAGUUCUAAUCAAAUAAUCAAAAACUACUUCAAAGUGAAGGAGCAAAACUUCAAUGACAUGAAAUCAGUUAAGUCCAAUCAAAAGAAUAAUAAUUUACUGAAGAAGAAUGGAAAAGGUUUGGAGAAGCCUAAAUCCGCAGAUGUGCACAAGUCGAUUCUGAGAAAUGCCAAAAAGAACAAUGCGGCACCCAAGUUCUCGGCUCCGUUGUGCCGACAGGAGAGCAACAUUUCGGAAUUCCAAAUGGAGAAGGUGGUCAGCUGGAUGUCAUGUAACGAGGAUACUUUCCCAAAGCCCUAUGAAAGCGAUCCGGACGCGGCAGGGAUAUUGGGACCAAUCGAAGCCAAGGAACGAACGACAACUCCGACCGAUCUGAACAAGACUGACGACGAAUCCACCUUCAAUUUCGACCACGGACGUCGUGAGACGGCUGGAAGUGAGCAGACCAACUAUGAUGACGAAUCGUUGGCGAGUGAGAUGCCCAAGUUGAAAUCAGAUUCUCGAUUUUCAAGCAAUAUCCAUGUUUCCAUUCCCAAAUAUGUUCCGUUAUUCCAUUUAACACCCCCCACCCCCAAAAAAUAUAGUUCCGUAAAAAAAGAUUUCCAAGUGCUGAAGAACGAGGUAGAGUACCGGCUCAGCAACAUUUUGGAUUCACGGGACUCACCAGACAGCACUGGUAGAUACCAGCCCGAAGAACAAGACCGUGAUAAAGUUAAGGAUCUUCUCUCCUAUCUCGAUCAGGUCGAGAUGAAGUGCGAGAAGGCCUUUAAAUCGGCCGUCCCAUCGGAGUCUGACCGGUCGGAGACGGAGUUUGCUGCCGAACCGGACUACAUAGAAACCGUUCCGAAAAUGAAUGAUUUGCUAGAAAUUCCCGUUCACCAACUCGCUAGACGUGUCAUCAAACUCUCCCUGCGCGCCAACGAACUCAGCAACGCAAUGCAGCUUUCUAAAGAACACCUAUCGAAUGUGAGAUCGGAUAAGAUGAAGGCAGUGCGAGCGGAGAAAUCAGCCUUCCAGAACAAGAUGAAAGAGCAGAAGAAGCAUUAUGAAGACAUCAUCGGUCGCCAUCAGGAAUUCAUCGAUCAAUUGAUCAAGGAUAAGUCCGGUCUGUGCGAUAAAGUUACGCAGCUUACCAGAAGAAUCGAGUCACAGAACCAAAGUUGGGAGCACAGACUAAAAACUGAGCUGGAAAGGGCGAAGGACACCGCAUUGGCGGCAGAGAAGAUCCGUAGAGAAAAAUGGGUCAGGGAGAAUACCAAAAAAAUCAAGGAUCUCACUGUGAAAGGACUGGAACUGGAAAUUAACAAGAUGACUGCAACUCAUCAAAAGGACAUUGCCGAGCUGAAGCGACAGCACAAAGAUGAAAUGAUGUGUGCUGUAUCGGAGCUAAAAUUACAGUACGAACAAAAAGAAGCAGACAUAAGGCAAAACCUGCAAAAAGAGCGAGAAGCAUUCAUCGAAAGGGAGCGACAAUCGUUACUCGAAAGAUUCGAUAAACAGGUCACUGAGGAGCGUUCUAUUUUCGAACAGCAGCGACAUCACCUUCUAAAUGAGUUUGAGAUCGAGAAGGAACGCAAUCUGAAGGAGCUCAAGAAUCGGAACCAGUAUUUUGAAACGCAAAUUCAUGAACUGAAGAGCGACAACGCUAAGAACCUUGAGUUUGCCCGGAAGGAAUACGUACAGAUGUUGAAGGAUCGGGAAAACAAACAUAAGGAAGAAUUAGCUAAGCUACAAAAUCAGCUUGAGGCUGAUUUUGCCAUUUGGAAGAAGAAACACGAGGAAAAUGCUAAAAUGGCCAUGGAAGAACGUGAGAAUACGGUUCGACAGCAACUACGUGUUGAGCGAGACCAACAAAUUGAUAGAAUUGUAGCAAAAGUAGAUGCAGAAACUCAAAAAUACCAGAAAGAUUUUGACGCGAAGAUGAAUCGACUGAAGGAGAAACAUCAGGUGGAGAUGCGAGAGCAGGAAGCUUCGGAAGCAUUGCUAAAGCAGAAAUACCAGGACACUCGGGCUCAAUUAGCGGAAAGUGAGGCAACGGUUCAAAACAUGAAAUCCUCGAUCAAACAGGUGGAACUGCAGUUGAGCCAUUCGAAGAAACUGUGCGAGGAGCUGCUGCGUGAGAAGGAAAGUAUGAAGACUGAAGCGCGCAAGGAGGUUCAGAAGGAUUUGGCGAACAUGCAGAAGGAUCGCGAACGAGAGAUCGAACGUAUCUAUUGCAGAGUUCAACAAGCUAUAGAUAAGAAAGAUACUACUAUCGGAAACUUACAGAAAGAGGUUUCAUCUCUGAAAGAACGAUGCCUCAAGCAAGACGCUAUCAUUCGACAACAGCGCAUAGACUACUGUAUAAAGUAGAAUUGUAGUAUCCUCUUUCAUAAUAUUUUGGAAUCUUUUUGAAUUAUUAUAAGCAAAAGCUUAGGCUAAUAUACCUUUAU